CUCAAAUUAGCCGCAAAUCCAUAAUGUGCACGUGCAACUGAGAUUAUACGGUAGGUUUCUCGAAAAGUCGGCAAUCAAGCGUGCCGCAAGUGGCGUCAAGCGCAUCGCUUCACAUAACGGCGAAGCCCGCGGUCUAUGCAUGGACGUUGACCCAGCCAUGGGCGCCCAGCUUUCGACUCCGGGGUAGGGGAGGCUCCAUCUCCACCUGGUCACAAAUCUGGGGUACGACAGCUCCUUGUAUAUAAGAUCCUGGACGCCACCCCACUGUCACAACCUCCAGACAAACGAGACAUCCUCAGCCUGACUCGAUCCUUCACCUCCAUCCUCGGCCAGCCACCACAAUGCCUGAACUACAGGGCAGGUCCCUUUUGCUGACGGUCAGCUUGUUGACUUCGCUGGGUUUCAUGCUUAUCGGAUAUGACAACGGUCUUAUGGGUGGACUUGUCAAUGCUCCUGCAUUCCAGGACACCUUCGACAACCCGUCAGCGAACAUGAUCGGCACAAUCGUUGCGAUCUUCGAAAUCGGCUGCUUCAUCGGGGCCAUGGCCACUGCAUUUGUAGGUGAGAAGCUGGGUCGUCGCAAGAGCGUCGGUAUCGGUGCUAUCAUCAGCAUUAUUGGUGCCAUCCUCCAAGCAACUGCUUUCACUCGCGCACACCUCAUUGUUGGUCGUGUCGUAUCUGGAGUUGGCCUUGGUUUCAUCAACUCGACAGUGCCGGUCAUGCAGGCUGAAUUCAGUCCAAAGGCGAGCCGUGGUAUUUACGUCUGCGCGCAGCUUUCGACUCUCAACUUCGGUAUCCUCAUCGUUUACUGGAUUGACUACGCCUUCGUCAGCCACACAGCCAGCUACGCGUGGAGAAUUCCGACAAUCCUGCAGUGCAUCGUCCUCUUCGCCAUUUUAGGUCUACUGUUUGUGAUCCCAGAGACUCCACGUUGGCUUGCUGCACAUGAUCGUCCGGAGGAGUGUCUUGCGGUGCUGGCACGCAUCAAGGGGACCGACGACUUGAGCGACCCUGAAGUAAGACGCCUGCACGCCGUCAUCACUGAGACGGUCGCGUUUGAGAACUCCCGCCAGGCAGGAUGGAAGGACAUUGUUCGAAGCGACCCCAUCAAGUCCAGGAGACGUUUCCUCAUUGCUUGUGGUAUCCAGAUCUUCCAGCAGCUCGGAGGCAUCAACGCUAUUAUCUACUACUCUGGCACUCUGUUUCAGAAGAGCAUCGGUUUCGACACCCAUAUGGCUGCGCUUAUGAGUGGCUUCCUCCAGACCUGGUUCUUCGUCGCCUCGUUCAUCCCCUGGUUCUUGAUCGACCGCGUUGGUCGCCGACCUUUAUUGCUAUCCAUGAUCAGUGUCAUGGCCGCUGUCAUGGCAGUUCAGGCUGCACUCAUCUACCAGGUUCAAUUCGACACAUCGGUGGCAAAGAGCGCCGGUAUCGCCGCGGCUGCCAUGCUCUUCAUUUUCCAAGGCGCCUUCACCAUCGGAUUCCAGGCCACAGUCUGGGUAUACCCCUCUGAGAUCCUGCCUAUGCGUCUGCGACAGCGCGGUUCGGCUAUCUCUACCGCCGCCAACUGGAUCUGUAACUACAUCAUCGUCCAGAUCACACCACCUGCUAUUAACAACAUUGGCUGGCGCACAUACAUCAUCUUUGCUGUCCUCAAUGCAACUUGGGUUCCCAUCAUCUACCUCUUCUUCCCUGAGACCAAGGGCCUCGAGCUCGAAGACGUUGACAAGCUCUUCUCAGGUGAAGAGACUCUUGCCGAUCUCAGGCGCGAGAAAGGCAUGGAAGAGGAGGAGCGGUUCGAGAAUAUCGCAAAGUCGUGAUUGAUCAAUCGGCAUCAAUGCGAUGCAAUGACGGGUCUCCUCGGUGGCUGAUGCAUCGCGUCACCCGCGCUGUCUUCCAAUUGUGAGCUUUUCUGGCGUUAGCUAGUUGGAAGUACAAUGAACCGCCCUCUGUUGAUCUUCCUAGAAUUCUUUUCCGUGAGCAAUGAAUAUUUGACACAUCC